AUGGGAUCCACGAAACCUUGCCUUUUCUGGAACUACUGUGCGGCACAGCCGAGGCCGCCAAGUUGUCCCCAUCGAUGCGUCUCCGUAUGA